AUGGCGGAACAGGCCGCCACGCUCCUGAAGGGCGUGGUCGGUGCGGAACAAACGUAUACCCUGAGGAAUGAGACAGCUUGCACAGUGAAAGUGCUGGUGAACGAAGAUCCCCAGAAUUUGAAGUCUGUGGCGAAAGCCAAGGGCGGCUUAAACUUGGAGUUCACGUUCGCAGGAGACAUCCCCGUUGGCAUCGGAGCGCAGGCUGCAGAUGUGGCCACCCAGGGCCAGCACAAACCGGUCGAUCUCACCAUUCAGCCGAAUUCCGAGACAUCAGCCACCGCAUCUACGAGCACUGUGUUUGUAUCUGCAGCAUUUUGGGCCGAGGGAGCAUUCAAGAUCGUUUGGGAGAACAGAAACUUCGGGGCCAGCUCCACAAUCCAUUUCUUGCAGAAGCAUCUGGACGAUAGGUCCGAGCAGUGGAUCCCGGCAAACUCUUUUGAAGAGGCCCUUCGUUUUAAGCAGGUGCUUCUCCCGUUGAUCCCGGCAGCCAUUCCGCAAGCGGCCUGUCGUUUCGAUCAGGACACAAGUCCCGGAUACUCCGAAAGUCCGAAGAAGGAUCCCCAUCCGACACCAGUGCCAAAGGGGUUCUUAGACGUGACUCGACUAGCAGCGUGGAGCCAGACGUGCAAGGCGUUCAUUCCUGCUAGGGUCCUUGGUGUGGCGCCCACACCUGUCAUUGAUUCUACAGGCCAGCCACUUGCAGCCGGAUCUGUGUAUCUAGAGGUAGAGUAUCCCGACGGCAGCAAGCAUGUCAAGGUCGUGAGCCCGGCAGCUUUUGCGACGCACUUGCACGAGCAGCCUCCGUGCACGUGA